CAAACUGAACCAGGUUGCACAGGUUCAGUCGCACAGACACGGUGAUAGGUGUCACAUCCGGCGGAGCUCCAGUGCGUCUUCAAGCCAUCAAUAUUUCAACAUGGAAGUGAAGGGCUGGAACAGGUUGAUAUUUUGGAUCUACGCCUCAGUAGGACAACGACAGAUAUGCUGUCAGUUGGCUAACACUGGCCGCCAUGUGGAGGCUACCAACAGGACAACAGAAUCCAGAUAAAUUAGAUCAUUGGAUUGACUGCAACAGAUUACAGGGCUUGUAAUUACUUCCACAGUGCUUGAUAAGAAAACAACAUUAUUUCACGCGAGUAGUUGAAAAUAUAAAGACUAGCAGCGAUGCUGACCAACUUCAUAGAGGGUCUUCUCUGCUGCCUGACCUCGAAGUCGUCCAAUGUUGUUGUCCCUGUAGAAACCUCAGAACUUGCUGAUGGCUAUGAGUUUGUGGAGGUGAAACCAGGCCGCAUCCUGCGGGUUCGACAUAUUAUCCCUGACCGGCAGGUGGUGGAGGAACCCACUGGGCCGGGUGGGAGCAUCAGCUGCAAACGAAAGAUCACAGUAUAUCGUAACGGACAGCUAUUUAUUGAGAACUUGGGUGACAGGGCGAGUGCAGAGCUGAAAAACUGCCAGAAUGGGGAGACAGACCUAAACAGCACUGUAGAGGUUGAACUGACAGACUGUGGUAACUCUUCACCGCCCGCCAGCAUCCCUGAGGCCAGGUCUAAGUCUGUCACAGCUGGAACAGACGGGUCAGCUGAAACAGGAGUAGGAAGAGAGGUACCUGCUGCUGGACAGACUGGCCAGUCGCAGCAACUCAGGAAGCGCAGGCGGAAGCCCAAGCGCACUGUGGUGAUCGACUGUGAGAGGAAGAUAUCAGCCUGUAAAGGGACACAUGCAGACGUGGCUCUGUUCUUCAUCCAUGGUGUAGGAGGCUCACUGGACAUAUGGGGAAGCCAGUUGGACUACUUUUCCAAGCUGGGCUAUGAGGUGAUCACCCCAGACCUGGCAGGCCAUGGAGCCAGCUCAGCACCACAAAUAGUUGCUGCAUACACUUUUUAUGCCCUGGCUGAGGAUAUGAGACUAAUCUUCAAGAGAUAUGCACGGAAGAGGAAUAUUCUCAUAGGACAUUCAUAUGGUGUGUCAUUCUGUACCUUCCUGGCCCACGAGUAUCCGGAACAGGUCCACAAGAUGGUAAUGAUCAACGGAGGUGGUCCCACAGCUCUGGAGCCAAGCCUCUGCUCUAUCUUCAACCUGCCCACCUGUGUGCUUCACUGCCUCUCGCCGCUGCUUGCCUGGAGCUUUCUUAAGGCUGGCUUUGCUCGGCAGGGUGCCAAGGAGAAGCAGCUGCUGAAAGAUAACAACGCCUUCAAUGUGUCGUCCUUUGUGCUGCGCGCCAUGAUGAGCGGGCAGUACUGGCCCGAGGGGGAUGAAGUCUACCAUGCUGAACUCACAGUGCCCAUCCUGCUGGUUCACGGCAUGCACGACAAGUUUGUCCCCAUCGAGGAAGACCAGCGCAUGGCGGAGAUCCUCCUAAUGGGCUUCCUAAAGGUCCUGGAAGAUGGCAGUCAUAUGGUCAUGAUGGAGUGUCCCGAGGCUGUCAACACACUUCUGCAUGAGUUCAUCCUCUGGGAGCCGGCCACCCCUCAACCGCCAAAGAAAGAGUCCAAAACACGUCCAGAAACUGCCAAAGUCCAAUCUGACAACACCAAGGCAACAUCUGACCCUUCCCAGGCCCGACCUGCAACUGCAAGGCAGACCUCAUCAAACAGCAACACAGCAGAGAAACCAGACAGCAAGGCCAAGAAAUGACUGAAGAUUAAAACUGAAGCUUCUGUUUUUACACAAUAUCGUAGCUGGCCAUGCACUUUGUGGGUCCAGAUUAGCUGAGCUGGUUUUAACUGGUGAACCUGAUGCUGAGUCAAACAAGCCAGUUUAUCUGAAAUGGUCCAGCUAAAGGUUGGACAGGUGAAGAUGUGACACAAUGCAGGGAAGUUAAGUUUGAUUCCAGUUGUGUCAGCUGCUGAGCUGAAAGACAGAGGAAGAAGGUGCUCCACCAGUGGACACUGGAGGUCCAUUCCUCAGCUUCCAGUCCUCAACAUACAGCAGGGAAGAUGUAGCAAUGCCUUGAAGUCGAGGGUGGGGAUAAUGCCAGGACAGGCGGAGCAAGAGAGGGAAACAGUAACAUAAGCCAAGAGGGGGGCGAGGGAGGAAAUUAACAACGUUUUUUGUGGACGAAUCAAAGUGUCGCCUGCCACGCUGAUAGCUACACUUGAUGGCCUGGUCUGACUUUUGCCAUGUGGAGAUUUUUUAGAAAACAUCUCUGUACACCUGAAUUUGUGGAGGUGCAAAGGAAGAAGGUGCAAUCUUGAAAAAAAUUACUACUAUUGGACACUGUCUGGCUUAAAGCUACAAUAUUUAUUGAUCUAUGUGUACAUACCUGAUAAAGGACAGACAGACCGAAACCAUUGAAAUCCAUAAAUAUAUUUCAGCAUCAAGUGAGACUGUGCGGUAGUUCUUCUCAUUGUUUAAUAAAAUGUGGAGAAUGAAAGCGAAAUGAAUGGUUUGUUUGAAACAUUUCUUGAUUAAAAAUGUACAUCAGAAGCUCUAAGAGGUGAACCAGAAUACACUGUAUGUUUGCACAAUGCAUUAGACUUCGACUCACCUUAGUAAUGAGCUGCUUCUGCUUCUGGUAUUUAACAGAAAACAAUGUUUUGUGAGUGACUGAGCUGUGACUUGUGAAGCUAAACAAGUGAAGAAUUAUCAAGUACUGAUAAAGACAAAAGUGAAAGUAAAUUAACUGCCUCCUAGAAUUCAGGGAUAUGUAUGUUCAGUCAAUUGUGUCCUGUUUAAUGUAGCAAAAGUUGAGGACAGACAGAAGUGGCCAAAGACUUUGCACAAAACACUUGUAUCAGAUGUUAAAUCAAUAACAGGAGUGCUUUAAUUAGGGAAGUGCAAAAACACUACAGUGUGUUUGACGCCAUUUCAAAAUAUCCAACUAUUAAUCAUUACUGCUGCAUGUUAAAUAAUUGAAAUCCUCACUAUGACAAUAAGUGACUAAAGCUUACUGACAGUGUUAUCGUAUUAGAAAGCACUUGUUUGAAUUGUUCUACUAUUUCCUGCAAAAGUCCAUUGUGUAUGCAGCUGUUUAAUAUAUUGUAAUUAUUUUGAAAAACAUUUUCUUUUGUUUUUUAGGAUAGACAUACUGUCUGUGCUGGAACACUAUUAAUUCCUAUUUGGCAUUAUUUCCCACUCUGCAGUGUUGUUUUUACCAUGACAAGUAAAGUUAAGCUCUAAUAUGUUAGCAUUGUAUUAUUAUAAAACUGUAUUUUGACACAUCUUUAAGUAUUGUUCAGUCUGAUGUCUGCAUUGACUGAAUCAAUUUAUCACAACACUGUGUCUAUUUAACACCUGUGGUAAAACUCCACAGACAGACAGCCGGCAUUAGGAAGCUACUAAAUCCUGUAACUGUUUUUUGACGAGCACAAUCAUUUGUGCCUGUUAUAACAUGAGCCGACAUGUUCUCACAUGUGUUGAGGUAUAACAUUCACAAACCUCUGAGCCUCUUACUUAGAAUCAGAGGUGUGCGUGAAGAAGCACAGGUUUACUCUUUGAUUCAACUGAAUUGGAUUUAUUUAUUUAUUUAUUUGAUUAGGACAAUGCACAUUAAUGAACAUUUCUGUAAAUGCGCCAGUGUUAGCCAAUUGGCUAGUUUUCAACUGUAGUCCUACCUAGGAUGCAUGUCUUUUAUGGUGGGAAGAAACCGGAGCUCCAGGAGGAAACCCACGCAAACACGGGGAGAACAUGCAAACUCCACACAGAAAAGCCCGGAACGACCUGGAUUCUAACCAAGCACCUUCUUGCUGUGAGGCAGAAGUGCUAACCACUUAGCCACCGUGCUGCUCGUGCUUGAUCAUCUUUAAAAGUAGAUUCUUUUUAUACAAUGUAUUUUUUAUUUGUGAUGGUUAUUUAGAGAUUUAAAAGAAAUUGUAGCUGGGAAUUCACUGAAUCAGUUGAAGAUACAGCUCUGAUUAGAGAAAUGUGACAGAGUCAUAUCAAGGACUCAAGUUCACAAAAUCUCAUUAUUUCCAUGUGAUGGAUGGAUUGUAUGUACGAUUGUUCUGAAUUUGAGGAAUCUGCCCUCGUUGUAUUUUGUGUGUCUUACAUGUUGUAACUGAUUGCCUUUGACAAUGAUUACACUUACAGUCAAUUUUAAAUGUUAUCAAAGUAAAUUAGUAUUAACAGUUUUUCCUCCUCCAAAGUCUUUUAUGUCAUAUUUUAUAAUAUUUAAAUUUUACUUGUAUAACUUU